AUGGGUCGUGUCAUCCGCAACCAGAGGAAGGGCCGUGGCUCUAUCUUCACAGCCAACACCCGCCUCAACAAGACCCCCGCCAAGUUCAGGACAUACGAUUACGCCGAGCGACAUGGUUACAUCCGCGGUGUCGUGAAGGACAUUGUCCACGAUGCCGGCCGUGGCGCACCACUCGCAAAGGUCGUUUUUCGUGACCCAUACCGAUACAAGCUCCACACCGAGACCUUCAUCGCCAACGAGGGCAUGUACACCGGCCAGUUCAUCUACGCCGGCAAGAACGCAUCGCUCACCAUCGGCAACGUCCUCCCACUCGGCUCCGUUCCAGAAGGUACUGUGGUCAGCAACGUGGAGGAGAAGAUUGGUGACAGAGGUGCUCUUGGACGUACCAGCGGCAAUUAUGUCACAGUCAUCGGCCACAACCCAGACGAGGGCAAGACCCGUGUCAAGCUCCCAUCUGGCGCCAAGAAGGUUGUCAAGAGCUCCGUCCGUGGUAUGAUUGGUAUCGUCGCUGGUGGAGGUCGUACCGACAAGCCUCUCAUGAAGGCGUCGCGCGCCAAGCACAAGUUCGCUGUCAAGCGUAACUCGUGGCCAAAGACUCGUGGUGUUGCCAUGAACCCAGUCGACCAUCCUCACGGUGGUGGUAACCACCAGCAUAUUGGUAAGGCCUCGACCAUCUCCCGCUACGCCGCACAAGGUCAAAAGGCCGGUCUCAUCGCUGCCCGGAGAACGGGUCUGCUACGUGGUACCCAGAAGACCAAGGACUAA